AUGGAAUGUUUUGUACCGCUGCGUUGCGACUUAGAUGGAAGUAAUAUAGAACAGUUACGUCAAUCACACUUAAGCCGUAAAUUUAUUAUAUUUGAUGAGCAACUGAAUCUUUGGCUGUGGUUUCAAGGUAAUUCGCAAGAGAACAAGAGAUUUGUACUACAGAAUAUGAUAAUAUUAAUAAAUGAAGCGCAAGUUACCAGAACAAGCACUAUCGAUGAUUAUUUUACCCAAGUUGAGAACAAUGAAAAUCUAUGGAGGUUGAAAAACGACUGCUGUUCGAAGAUUCUUUUCAAAUCAAAUGUUGUUAUGAAUAAUGGUUAUAAUAAUCAGAUCAAAUUUGUCUUUGAAUAUAAAUCUGUGGAUGCAAAUUUCAAUAACCAGGAUUCAUUACAAGAUCCACAGGCAAAGUAUACAUUAGAUAAGUACUCUAGCGAGGAGAUUUUGCCAAGUUUUGAGCCAGUUUAUUCCUGGUCUUCUGCAGCCACCAAAUCAUCCAAAAAUACUAAUAAUCAUCUGGAGAAAAAUAACAGGGCGACUCAUCGAGUUAGUUCUAAAAAUAGCGAAGUCCACGAAGCGGACGUUUCUAGAAAUCCGAAUACAUUUACUCUUAAGCUCCAAUACCCAAUAUUCUCACUUUUGAAUAUGAGAUUGAGAAACAUCUCCUUGAAAUCUGAGCAUUGCAUAUUAUCAUCGUUAGACUUUCAAACUUCUAAAGCAUCCGAACAACUGACCAAAAAAUUUAUUUAUCCGCAAGAACACAAUUCUUUUCUCAAACUGAACUUUCAAGAAAUAUCGUAUAAACUAAUCGACGGAACCUCUCAAAUUGAACUAGAUCCAAUCUGUCCUUUGAAAGUGCCACUCACUGCAUUUUCAUACGAUAGCAUUAGCGCUACUUUUAAACUGGUUCUGUUACCCAAAUCAACUCAACCACAUCGUGUGAAAAUCACCUUAGCGUACGAACUCGAGCUGCAUCCCAAUCUGAAGUUACCUGUGAGAACAUCAUGGGAAACAGAAGUCACAUUGAAGCGUUCUAUGCCAAUUUCCUCGACAUCUUCUCAAUACUCGAGUAACAACAAUAAUACCAAUCAUAGCGCUUCUUUUAAUGGUGCGGCCAACAACGUUAAUUCUGGUGGUUUGGCCAAUCUAAGAUUAGGUGGGGUUUCCUCCUCAAGAUUUAGUCUUGGAGCUGCUUCGACUACAUCAUUGGUGAAUAGCAAAUUAAGCAAUGUAAAAUUCAAGUUUAUUAAUAGCAAUAUAAAAGUUAUUAAGGGCGAAAAGUUUACUAUGAGGCUUCAGAUCAUUAACUCGUCAUCAUCCCCCCUGGAUCUUGUUGUGUAUUAUAACAAUACAAUAAACCCAAUCCCUUCAGCUAAUAACGUACGUAACAGCAAUGGUAUAAACAACUGUGGCAUGAAUAAUGGGACUAUCCCCAAUUCGCCCUUGACACUGGAAAAUCAGUACCAACUGCAUAAUAAAUAUAGAAAAAUUGCGGAGGGGAUUAUACUAUUAUCCAACGAUUACAAAAUUCCAGUUGUACCUCCGAGAGAAACAUACUUCGCGGAUUUACGAUUUAUUGGUAUUAUGUCCGGAUAUUAUGGCACUCUCUCCGGACUUAAGGUAUUGGAUUUAAAUACAAAUGAACUUAUAGAAGUUGGAAAUGGCGCAUCUGUGUUAAUCCAGUAA